GUCAGAGCAGGGGGAGAGACAGGACCUGCACCAUGAAGUCCUUCAUCUUUUCCAUACUGUUCCUGGUCUUGACCAUGAGAUCUGAGUGUUCACCAGACAGCAGAUUCUUUAUCUCAGCACCAAGAGUAUUUCAUAUCGGUGUUAAUGAGAAAGUGUUUGUCCAGAUGGGAAGGUCUUAUUUUAAUAAUCCUGCAACCCUCUACCUGGAACAUGAAACUAAAGGAACUGUGUCUGAGAGGAAACAAAUUACAUGUAAGGAGGAUGAGCCGAUCCAAACAGUUGAGCUCACGAUUGACAAAGACAUUUAUUUGGGAAUCCCUCACCGUCCGUAUAAACCACGCUACCUCAACCUUGUGGUGGAGCACCCCUCUUUAACGGAAAGGAGGUCAACAAGGGUCCUGGUAUCAAAACACAGGGGCUAUAUCUUUAUUCAGACUCAUCAGCCAAUCUACAACCCAUCACAGACAGUGAGGUACAGGAUAUUCACUCUUGACCACACACUCAGGCCCCAUGAGGAAACGUUCCAGUUAUCUGUGUUUAAUCCAGCUGGAAACAGGGUCAUCAAUUCCAAUCGGACUGCAAAAGGAGGAAUAUAUAAAGGAAAUAUCCAAAUACCUGAUGUCUCCAAAUUGGGCUCAUGGAAGAUUACAGCACACUACGUUGGCGAUGAAGAAAAGAAGGCCUCCAAAGAGUUCAAAGUUGGAAAGUUUGUUUUACCAAGUUUUGAAGUAAACAUCGCAAUGGAGCAGCGCUAUAUUUUGUUAAAUGCUGAACGAUUCGACUUCUCUAUCUCAGCCAAGUAUUCACAUGGUGAGAAAGUUCAAGGGGCUUAUCACUGCCAGUUUGGUGUCGUAGAAAAGGAUCCAGUUGAUGGUCAAAAGAGGAAGCCGUUCUACAUCGGGGGACUGGAAAUGACUGGCUCGGUCCUGCCUGGAUAUGAUGAGCUCACAGAAGCUUCUCUACAGAUGGCAGACUUACAUGUGCAACUCCAAAGACUAAAUCUAACUCUCUCCGAACUGCAGCAGAGUGGAUCACAACUCUACUUAGGAGUAUUUGUCACCAACAUUCAAAGUGGUGAAAUACAAGGGGAUGAAGUUUACCUUCCUGUCAUCUCACAGAAGUACACCCUGGAUCUCUCUCGAACACGUUCAUAUUUCCUCCCUGGGUAUCCUCUGGAUGUGUCGGUGGUCGUUCGGCACCCUGAUGGCUCCCCAGCGGCUGACGUGCCAGUAAAGAUUAACGUGUCAUCAUCCAUGAAGGAGUAUUGGGAAGGCACUACUAACCAGGAGGGGGCAGUGUUACCUAUAUUUAACAUUAUUGCUGCAGACCAGAUUACUGUCCAAGUGUCUGCAGAUGAUUCGCACCAAAGAAAAGUAAUUCAACGAGCUAAAUCUCCAACCAACAGCUAUCUUUACCUGAGUUUAACCAACAGGAUGUACUCAGUGGGAGAGUCACUAACUGUACAUUAUAACACUGUGAACAGCCCGAGUAAUGGGUUCAUAUACUACAUGGUCUUAAGCCGAGGGAUCCUAGUAGAACAGGGGAAGCUCCCAAUAGGUACUGCACUUGUUCACAAUCUGCCAGUGACACAACAUAUGAUUCCAUCCUUUCGUCUGAUUGGCUACUUCUACGACGGGCUUGGUAACAUCAUUGCUGACUCAGUGUGGGUAGAUGUCAAGGAUGAAUGUGAGAUAAAGGUCAAGGUUAAACAUUCAGGGCCAUCUGAACCUAAACAACCGACUCAACUUGAAUUUGAUUUAAAUGGUCAAAAAGCCAAAGUGGCUAUGCUGGUUGUGGAUAAGGCUAUCUACGCUCUCAAAGCAGAUAAUAAACUCACAGCCAAACAGGUGUUUUCCACCAUGCAGUCAUAUGACCUGGGCUGCUCCUACACAGGAGGAUCUGACCCUGAUUCAGUGCUAACUGAUGCUGGACUGUCAUUUGUAACUCAUUCCAGCUCAGUUACAAAGAAGGAAUUUGGCUGUGGUUCACGAUCAACAAGAAAAAGACGUGCAGUGGACCUCCAGCAGGAAAUGAUCACUUUAAGGUCCAACUUUUCAGAUGAAAACUUGAAAGACUGCUGUGUCCACGGCUUUUCUCUCAUUCCAAUGACACGAACAUGUCAGGAGAGAGCAAGGAGAGUCUCUCUGGUGUCAAAAAAUCCUCUUUGUGCUGAGGCAUUUUUAAGAUGCUGCCUUGAAGGGGAACGUCUGAGACAAAAAAAAAGGGAAGAAGAUGCCAGGAAAGAACUUGGAAGGACUGCAACAACAGAGGACAUUGAACAGUAUUUCUUGGAGGACGCUGGUCGAAAUAUUCGCCGACUUUUUCCCCCGAGCUUUGAGUUCACAGACUUUGAUGUAGACGGCAAAAAAAUCCAUCAAUUAGUUCUACUGGAUUCAAUCACUACAUGGGAGAUUCAGGUCGUCACUCUGUCUGCAGCCACUGGUUUCUGUGUAGUAAAACCAAUAGAAGUCAGAGCAUUUAAGAAGAUCUUUGUGUCCCUGAGACUGCCUUAUUCAGUGAGAAAAUAUGAGCAACUCUCCAUUUCACCUGUCAUCUACAACUAUGGCGAAGACACACUACAGGUGGCAGUUAACAUGGAACAAACUGAAGGGCUUUGCUCCCCUGGCUCAGCCACCACUACAGCCUUUGUUAACAUUACUUUGAAGCCUCAGUCCUCCCAGUUUGUCUCUUUCUCUGCAGUCCCCAUGGUAACCGGCUCGAUACCCAUCAAGAUACACAUCUAUGAUAUAGAGGGUGAAAAUGGGAUAGAUUCUAUUGAGAAGACUUUAAAUGUUUUGACAGAGGGAAUGGAAAAGAGAGUGGAAGAAACCAAAGUGUUUAACUUAGAUGGGAGGCGCACCGAUACAUUCAUUAUUGAUGGAUCUUUACCAGAGGACACAGUCCCUGACUCCGGCUCAAAUAUAUUCGUUUCAGUAGAAGGAGAUGGAUUUGGCAGUUCACAUGCAGUGAAUCUUCUUUCCCCUGAAAAGGUUGAAAAACUGAUCGUACUUCCUAAUGGGUGUUUAGAGCAGACCAUGAGAACACUGUACCCUACAGUUUUAGCACUCCGCUACCUCGAUCUGAGUGAUCAGUGGUUUGAUCUGCCGGCUGGUGCCAGAGAUAAAGCCCUAGGUCAUGUUGAGACUGGUUACCCAAGAAUCAUAUCAUACAAGAAUAAAGCCACUGGAUCUUAUUCAUCGUUUAGUACAGUGCCAUCAAGUUAUUGGGCGACUGCACUUAUAGUGAAGAUGCUGUCUAUGGUGGCCCAACGUCAGUCAGAAUCUUUUGGACAGCAAGGCAGACAGGCUAAGUUUGUACCAGAAGAAGAAAUCAGACAUCCAGUCCGUUACUUGCUCAGUCAGCAGAAGGAUGAUGGGUCAUUCAGGGACCCAAAUCCAGUGCUACACAGAGAUGUUCUGCAGCAAGGAAACGACCAAGAUGCAUCCACCACAGCUUUCAUAACUGUUGCGCUGCACCGAUCCCUUGAAUUCCUGAAUCCGGAUGAAAAAAAUAAUGCGGAGGCAACCAUUUCAAGAUCGACAGCGUAUCUCCUAUCUCAACUUGAGGAUCUUAAGCACCCGUAUGCUGUUGCCAUUACAGCCUACUGCCUCGCAUUUUGUCUUCCAUUGGGAACAGAUCAUUCAUCUGCCUGGACAAAACUUCAAGCACUGGCUACUGAAGGACAGAAAGGCUGCCUUCUAUGGACAACCAAUCCCAGCUCAAAGAACAAGGCUCAUGCAGAUGCCAACACAAUAGAGACUACGGCCUAUGCCCUCCUUACAGCAGUGGAACUUGAGAAAACCGAGUGGGCAAACAAAGCAGCAUGCUGGUUAACCACCCAAGAAAACUAUAUUGGAGGCUUCAGAUCAACACAGGAUACCGUCAUGGCUCUGGAAGCUCUGGCUGAGUAUGAGAUAAAGAGGCCCGCCAGUACAGAAGCAAAUCUAAAAGCAGUGUUCACAAGUCCAGGGAAGAGAGACAUCCUAAAGCUCAAUCUGGAAAAUAAGAAGGACAGAGUGGAAAGGGACCUUAAGAAACUAGCAGGGCAGAACAUUAAUGUGGAGGUAUCAGGAAUAGGGAAGACCAAGCUAAAGGUUGUGAAGGCCUAUCAUAUACUGGAACCCAAGGACGACUGUAAACAAGUCUCUAUCAGAAUCACAGUACAAGGGAAAGUGAAGUACACUGCAAAGGUCAUAGAAAACUAUGACUACUAUGACUAUGAUAUCAUCCAGAACAAGGACGUGCGAGUACCUCAAUCAGCGAUUGAGUUGUUUGAUGCUCAGACCAGAAACAGGAGAAGUCUUGAUAAUGGCUUGAAUUCGGACCAGGAUCUCACCUAUGAAGUCUGUGUCAGUCGUAGCAUGUACAGCAAUCUCACAGGAAUGGCCAUUGCUGACAUCACACUUCUGAGUGGCUUUGAGGCUGUAACUGAGGAUCUUGACAUACUUAAAGACAGAUCUGAAGGAUACAUUUCUCAUUACGAGGUCUCUCAUGGGAAAGUGCUGGUAUACUUUGAUAGGCUCUUUGAUACAGAGGAAUGCAUAAGUUUUAGGGCUAUACAGACAGUACCCAUCGGCCUUCUACAGCCUGCUCCAGCUGUGUUCUAUGAUUACUAUGAACCAAACAGAAAGUGUACUGUGUUCUACUCUGCUCCCCGGAGAAGCAAGCUGAUCUCCAAACUGUGUUCAGAGGACGUGUGUCAAUGUGCAGAAAGACCAUGCCAUAAAGUACAAAACACAUUCAAAUCUGAAAGUGGGCGAAGAAAGAAGGAGAAUAAACGUUUACAGCAUGCUUGCUUCUUCCCGACAGUAGAUUAUGCAUACUUGGCCGAAGUCCUAAAUGUUUCCAUGAAGAGCAACUUUGAGCUCUACAGGAUGAACAUAAUCGAGGUGCUCAAAUCUUAUGGAGAUAUCGUGGUAGCUGAGAAUUCAAUUCGAGUGUUUGCGAAGAGACUUCAGUGUAGAGGAGAGCUAGAGCUGGGAACACAGUAUCUGAUCAUGGGCAAAGAUGGCUCCACAACCGACUCAGAAAAAAUGAUGCAGUACCUGUUGGAAUCAAACACCUGGGUUGAAAGAAAGCCUUCAGAGGAAGAAUGUAGAAAAUCUGCAAAUAGCGCCGCCUGCAGGGAGUUCAGGGUUUUUAUAGAGGGGUACAAAGUAGAUGGCUGCAGGCAGUGAAGAAGACUGCCAAAAAAAGUGCUUUUCUGUUUAGAGGAGCUCAGUUACAGUAGUUUCCUGUGAGAUUCACAGAGCUCCUCUCACUGUUUAAAGUCAAACUGAGUCUUAUAGCAUAAUAAUAUAAGACCAUUCAUAUUUACUCAGAGUUAUUGCCUGUCAGACAGCCGGUGGAUGACUGGGUCCAUCGCAUUUCGUUUCAAAGUAUAUGCAACAAAAAAUGUAACCAUUCUUUAUUCUUUGUUCCAUAAAGCUGCAUGUAUGCUAAUAAAAACACCUUUGAUGUCAUCUA